CGGGCGGAGCCCGAAGGGAGGGAGGGCGGGGCGCAGGCGCGGUUAGUACCGCGGUGGGCGCCGGGGCUCCCGGGGUUCUACCUUCUCCUGCCGCCGGCACGCGGUUCCCAGCGGGCCAGCGGCGGUCAGCCGAGGUCGAGACGCCCGCAGGACCUGAUGGCCAAAAGAAAGGAAGAAAAUUUUUCCUCUCCUAAAAAUGCCAAAAGGCCAAGACAAGAAGAAUUGGAGGAUUUUGAUAAAGAUGGUGACGAAGACGAAUGUAAAGGUACUACUUUGACUGCAGCAGAAGUUGGAAUAAUAGAGAGUAUUCACCUAAAAAACUUCAUGUGUCAUUCAAUGCUUGGACCUUUUAAGUUUGGUUCUAAUGUCAACUUUGUUGUUGGCAACAAUGGAAGUUGGAGUGCAGUGGUGCGAUCUUGGCUCAAUGCAACCUCUGCCUCCCAGGUUCAAGCGAUUCUCCUGUUUCAGCCUUGUGGGAAGAGUGCAGUACUCACAGCUCUCAUAGUUGGUCUUGGUGGAAGAGCAGUUGCUACUAAUAGAGGAUCCUCUUUAAAAGGUUUUGUGAAAGAUGGACAGAACUCUGCAGAUAUCUCAAUAACAUUGAGGAACAGAGGAGAUGAUGCCUUUAAAGCCAGUGUGUAUGGUAACUCUAUACUUAUACAGCAACACAUCAGCAUAGAUGGAAGUCGAUCUUAUAAACUUAAAAGUGCAACAGGCUCCGUGGUUUCCACGAGGAAAGAAGAGCUGAUUGCAAUUCUUGAUCAUUUUAACAUCCAGGUGGAUAAUCCAGUUUCUGUUUUAACACAAGAAAUGAGCAAGCAGUUCUUACAGUCUAAAAAUGAAGGAGACAAAUACAAAUUCUUCAUGAAAGCAACACAACUUGAACAGAUGAAGGAAGAUUAUUCAUACAUUAUGGAAACGAAAGAAAGAACAAAGGAGCAGAUACAUCAAGGAGAAGAGCGGCUUACUGAACUAAAGCGCCAGUGCGUAGAGAAAGAGGAACGUUUUCAAAGUAUUGCUGGUUUAAGUACAAUGAAGACUAAUUUAGAGUCCUUGAAACAUGAAAUGGCUUGGGCAGUGGUCAAUGAAAUUGAAAAACAAUUGAAUGCUAUCAGAGAUAAUAUCAAAAUUGGAGAAGAUCGUGCUGCUAGACUUGACAGGAAAAUGGAAGAACAGCAGGUCAGACUUAAUGAAGCAGAACAAAAGUACAAGGAUAUUCAAGACAAACUAGAAAAGAUUAGUGAAGAGACAAAUGCACGAGCACCAGAAUGUAUGGCAUUGAAAGCAGAUGUUGUUGCUAAGAAAAGGGCCUAUAAUGAAGCUGAGGUUUUAUAUAACCGAUCCUUAAACGAAUAUAAAGCAUUAAAGAAAGAUGAUGAGCAGCUUUGUAAACGAAUUGAAGAGCUGAAAAAAAGUACUGACCAAUCUUUGGAACCUGAACGGUUGGAAAGACAAAAAAAAAUAUCUUGGUUAAAAGAGAGAGUAAAGGCCUUUCAAAAUCAAGAAAAUUCAGUCAAUCAAGAGAUCGAACAGUUUCAGCAAGCCAUAGAAAAGGACAAAGAAGAACAUGGCAAAAUUAAGAGAGAAGAAUUAGAUGUGAAGCAUGCACUGAGCUACAAUCAGAGGCAACUGAAAGAAUUGAAAGAUAGUAAAACUGAUCGACUCAAAAGAUUUGGCCCUAAUGUUCCAGCUCUUCUUGAAGCCAUAGAUGCUGCUUAUAGACAAGGACAUUUUACCUAUAAACCUGUAGGCCCUUUAGGAGCUUGCAUUCAUCUUCGGGACCCAGAACUUGCUUUGGCUAUUGAAUCUUGCUUAAAAGGGCUUCUGCAGGCCUAUUGUUGCCAUAAUCAUGCUGAUGAAAGGGUCCUUCAGGCACUCAUGAAAAGGUUUUAUUUACCAGGGACCUCAAGGCCACCGAUAAUAGUUUCUGAGUUUCGGAAUGAGAUAUAUGAUGUAAGACACAGAGCUGCUUAUCAUCCAGACUUUCCAACAGUUCUGACAGCUUUAGAAAUAGAUAAUGCGGUUGUGGCAAAUAGCCUAAUUGACAUGAGAGGCAUAGAGACAGUGCUACUAAUCAAAAAUAAUUCUGUAGCUCGUGCAGUAAUGCAGUCCCAAAAACCACCCAAAAAUUGUAGAGAAGCUUUUACUGCUGAUGGUGAUCAAGUUUUUGCAGGACGUUAUUAUUCAUCUGAAAAUACAAGACCUAAGUUCCUAAGCAGAGAUGUGGAUUCUGAAAUAAGUGACUUGGAGAAUGAGGUUGAAAAUAAGACGGCCCAGAUAUUAAAUCUUCAGCAACAUUUAUCUGCCCUUGAAAAAGAUAUUAAACACAAUGAGGAACUUCUUAAAAGGUGCCAACUACAUUAUAAAGAACUAAAGAUGAAAAUAAGAAAAAAUAUUUCUGAAAUUCGGGAACUUGAGAACAUAGAAGAACACCAGUCUGUAGAUAUUGCAACUUUGGAAGAUGAAGCUCAGGAAAAUAAAAGCAAAAUGAAAAUGGUUGAGGAACAUAUGGAGCAACAAAAAGACAAUAUGGAGCAUCUUAAAAGUCUGAAAAUAGAAGCAGAAAAUAAGUAUGAUGCAAUUAAAUUCAAAAUUAAUCAACUAUCGGAGCUAGCAGACCCACUUAAGGAUGAAUUAAACCUUGCUGAUUCUGAAGUGGAUAACCAAAAACGAGGGAAACGACAUUAUGAAGAAAAACAAAAAGAACACUUGGAUACCUUAAAUAAAAAGAAACGAGAACUGGAUAUGAAAGAGAAAGAACUAGAGGAGAAAAUGUCACAAGCAAGACAAAUCUGCCCAGAGCGUAUAGAAGUAGAAAAAUCUGCAUCAAUUCUGGACAAAGAAAUUAAUCGAUUAAGGCAGAAGAUACAGGCAGAACAUGCUAGUCAUGGAGAUCGAGAGGAAAUAAUGAGGCAGUACCAAGAAGCAAGAGAGACCUAUCUUGAUCUGGAUAGUAAAGUGAGGACUUUAAAAAAGUUUAUUAAAUUACUGGGAGAAAUCAUGGAGCACAGAUUCAAAACAUAUCAACAAUUUAGAAGGUGUUUGACUUUACGAUGCAAAUUAUACUUUGACAACUUACUAUCUCAGCGGGCCUAUUGUGGAAAAAUGAAUUUUGACCACAAGAAUGAAACUCUAAGUAUAUCAGUUCAGCCUGGAGAAGGAAAUAAAGCUGCUUUCAGUGACAUGAGAGCCUUGUCUGGAGGUGAACGUUCUUUCUCCACAGUGUGUUUUAUUCUUUCCCUAUGGUCCAUCGCAGAAUCUCCUUUCAGAUGCCUGGAUGAAUUUGAUGUCUACAUGGAUAUGGUUAAUAGGAGAAUUGCCAUGGACUUGAUACUGAAGAUGGCAGAUUCCCAGCGUUUUAGACAGUUUAUCUUGCUCACACCUCAAAGCAUGAGUUCACUUCCGUCCAGUAAACUGAUAAGAAUUCUCCGAAUGUCUGAUCCUGAAAGAGGACAAACUACAUUGCCUUUCAGACCUGUGACUCAAGAAGAAGAUGAUGACCAAAGUUGAUUUGUAACUUAACAUGCCUUGUCCUGAUGUUGAAGGAUUUGUGAAGGGAAAAAUAAUUCUGGACUCUUUGAUAUAAUAAAAUGAGACUGGAGGCAUUCUGAAAUGAAAGAAACUCCUUUAUAUAUCCAACCACAAUCAAACAUAUAAAUAAGCCUGGAAAACCAACUACAACCAGCAAUUUAAGAUUACUAUUACUUUAAGAAAAUCAAUUUCAUAGUAUUGGUUUUAAAUCUUUUUAAGUUUUUUUUAUACCAUCUAUUUUUAUAGAUUCUUUUUCAGAAGUAAAAUUUUGUACAUAUAUACAUGUACAUAUCUGUUUAGUUUGGGUUCAUUUCUAUAACAUUUUGUAAGAAAAUAAAAGUUUGAGCACCUGA